AUUGCGCUCGCUGCAUGGGAUUCUGUAUAUCACGUUAGUCCUGUUUACUGUCAGUAUGGGGUCUUUAGUCUUUGAUAACAUUUGAUGCAGUGUUGAUGUAGGUUUGUGUGCAAUCAUGAUCCUAUGCGGUCUAAGGAGUCUGGUUGUCAUUUCACAUAUAUUUUUGAUGUAGGGUAGAGUUACUAGCGUCUUAUGUUGUACAGUGUCUUCUGGUUGUCAUUUGUUUUGUAGGCAUCGGCGGACGGAACUUCUUGGGUAUCCGUUGUCAGUAAAUACUUUGUGCAGGUGUUCCUAUUCCAUUGUCUGGAGUUCUGGGAUGUUGCAGUGUGACAUGGCUCAUUUAAAUAGUGUCUUGAUGCAGCUCUGUUUGUGUACGAUGGGGUGGUUGCUAUUGAAGUUCAGGAUUUGGUCCAUGUGCGCAGCCUUCCUGUACACACGGGUCUGGAAUUCACCGUUAGUUAGUCUCUCUACCAUUAUGUCCAAGAACGGGAGCUGUUAGUUGUUUUCUUCCUCUGUAGUGAAUUUUUUGCUUGCAAAGAUGCUGUUAACAAGUUGGUGGGUUUCUCCUACUUCUGUGCAUUUGAUUAUUACGAAUGUAUCGUCCACGUAUCUUGUCCACAGUUUCGGUCGGAUUGUGGGAAGGUCUGUGCGUUCCAGUCUCCGAAUCGCUGCCUCAGCGAUGAGACCUGAGAUGGGUGAUCCCAUCGGUGUGCCGUUGAUCUGUUUGCAUAUCUGGCCGUUGAACGUGAGUGAAGUGUGUUGUGAGGCAUAAAUCUAGUAGUUUCAGUAAGCUGUCCUUGCUGAUGUUGUUGCUGGUAUUCAGGGUCAGUGCUCCUGGUCCUUCUAGUAGUGUGGCUAAUGUCUCUCUAGCUAAGGGUAGGUCGAUGGAUGUAAAUAAUGCUGUAACAUUGAAGGGGAUAGUGAUUUCAUCCUCGACAGUUUUUAUGUCCCUGAGCUGUGUGAGAAAUUCUUGGGCUGAAUGGAUUGAGUGUGGGAAUCUGCUAAUCAGGUGUUUAAUUUUCCGUUGUAAUUCCCUCGCUAGCUUGUGUGUAGGUGUGCCAGGUAAGGAGACUAUUGGUCUGAGUGGUAUUCCAGGUUUGUGUACCUUGGGGAGACCAUAGAAGCGGGUGUUGUUUGAGUCAUCUGGUUUCAUUCUGAUGUGGUUGGCAUGAGUGAUCUCUCCCGCACAUUUUAAGUUUGAGUGUCUGUAUUAUCCUGUUCUCCAGCUGUGAUGUGGGGUCUGACGCCACCUGUUGGUAUCUGCGAGUAGUGCCAGUGCUUUCUCGGUGUAGUCUGUUCUGUUCAGAACCACGGUCAUUCAUCCUUUGUCCGCUGGUAGGAUUGUGAUGUUUUUUAUCCUUCUUCAGUCCUUUUAGGGCCUUUCUCUCCGCUGAAGGUGUCUGAUUUGUGUUUACGGUUAAGUGCUGGGUAUACCGUUUGUCUGACGGCCUGUUGAAUUUCAUCAGAGAGUCUGUUGGUUUUCAGUGUUGACUCUAGUGCUGCUAAGAUGUCCACUUUACUCACGUCCUUGUGGUUGCAGUUAAGUCCGUGUAUCAGUUCGGCUUUUUCUGUGCCUGUGAGUUGUCUGUUGGAUAGGUUCCUUACCCAUGUGUCUGCCUUGUUCAUGUCGUCCUCGUGAAUUAGUCCAGUUAGUUUCUCCUGUAGGAUUUCCUUGUUCUAGUUCUUUGUUGUUGAGUGUUUAUGGCUUGUUCCAGUGUUGUGGUCCACUGGUGGUUGGUCGAGUUCUGGUGCGAAGAUUUUUAGCGUGCAAUUUCCCGCUGGUAUCUGUGGAGGCAGUUGUGGGCAUCUGUGACCAUUGCCAUUGGCAUCCUGCAGCCGUUUUGCUCUGCUAUUCUUCCUGCUUGUGGCUUGUUUAUGCUGCAAGGCAGUACCCGGCUCCUGAGGCAUUCAUGUAGGAAGUGGAGUUAUAAGUUCAGUUCUCAGGGGUACAAUGGAUGUAGGUGCUAACCCUAAGCAAUGAUAUCACAUGGGCUAACAAGGUGUAGAGCUGGAUGAACACAGCAGGCCAAGCAGCAUCGGAGGAGCAGGAAGGCUGAUAUCACAUGGGCUGCAAGUUUCACAUCCCACCUGAUAUCCAGCUCUGAUGCAGUCAAUGGGAUGGGAUAAUGGAUGGUGCCUAGACUGGACAACUCCCAGCUCAGUGCUAACACCCCCCACAGCUUCCCCCACCCCCAUCUCUACCAAGCCACUUGGAGAAUUGGCCUUCCAGCUUGCGAAUGGGAGAAAGUAAGCAGACCAUCGGUCCUGUCUGCUGCUCUCUGGGAAUCUAACCAGGGGCUCACCAUUUAGCCAUAACAAAGGGCUAAACAAACUUUGGUGCCUCACCCUGUGAAAGCAAAGACUGAGAGGUGACCUUACAGAGGUCAGGAGGGAUGGAUGGGGAGGAAACAUUUCCACUUGUGGGGGAAAUCCAAUGCCAGAAGAUUAAGGCAAACUCUAAGAAAUCCAAGAGGAGUUCUUUCACAAAGCGAGUGGUUAGUAAGCAAACCUCAGAACCACAAGAAGCUGUCAAGAAAAUGUACGUGGACGAGAAAGGAGAGAAACUGGGCAAGCUGCUGUGCUCUAGACUCAUCAAGAAAGGAAACCACAAAGGAUACAGCCACUGUAUGGUCGAGCUCAGUAAGGUGAAAACUUCCAACAGAAGGCUAAACGUCGACAUCUCCUUUAAAGUGGAUACAAAUGAUGUUAAAAGUGUUCUGAGUGAAACAAAGAAAGAACUGAAAGAGCUGGGCAUUCAGUUCUCUGCUAACCAAGAACACAGAAACGAACUGCAAACACCAUCUGAGCUCAAGAAACACAUUGCCAUGGUGGUGACGGGGUCAUUGCUGCUGCUUGUCUUCCUAUCUGCCAUUGUGUACAGGUGUUCGCAACGCAAGUCGCAUAAAAAGAAGGAUCAAUACCUGACCGAGGAGAUUCAGCCUGUGGACAACGGUUGCCACGAUAACUUGGCCAUGGACAUCACCGAGAGUGAGCCAGAGAUGCAGGAGAAGCCCAGUUCAAAGGUCAACAUGCAGGACAACAUGGACAAUUGGAUUGUUCCCAUGGACAGCCUGACUAAGGAUGAGCUGGAGGAGGAGGACACUCACUUAUAAAGCAGCUGAACCAUAAAGCAACUGCUCCCUUCAGCCCCACUGCACUCCUAUAUGAUUGCUUCAAUAUAUAGAGAUCUAUACUGCCAACAGAACUGAACUCAAACUUUCACCCCAGCAUCAACUUCCUGAACACCUUUUUUUUUUUAAUAUAUAGGGUUGGUUUUAUUUGGGAAAUCAGAUGUUUCAGAAUUUAUGGAGGUCUGUUACAAACAUAGCUGUAACUUUUCUAGUAAUCUCAAAACUUGGAUUCAUGCUCCGAAGAUACAAGUUCAAAUCCUGCCAUAGGACUUUAAAUUUGAAUAUCAAGUUUUAAAAAGUAAUCUGGAACAAAAAGUUUAUGUCAUAAAUGGUGGCCUUAAAAUUAUGGAUUGGCACAAAAUUCCUGUCUGGUUCACCAAUGCCCUUUAUAGAAAGAAAUCCACCAUCUUUAUCUGGUCUGUCCUACAGGUGACUCCAGACUGACAUCACUGUGGUCGAUUCUCAAAUGUCCCCCUGAAAUAGCCCUAUAACACUAUUUAGUUCCAGUCCAAUUAGGAAUGGGCAAUAAAUGUUGGCCUUGCCAGUGAUGCUUACAUCCCAUGAAGGAUGCAAGAAACAGAAUGCACUCUCUCAUCAUUAAAAAAAAAGUGCUAAGGGCUGAGACAGUCAAAUUGAGCAAAUUAUUCCAAGGGAGAAUAUUUCCAGCGAAUUUAUCACAUUUACCACCAGAUGUCUAAUGGGACUCUGCAAUCUGCAAGUCACUGUUGUGAGCAAAAUGUCAGGGGCAUUCGUAAAUAGUGGGGUUUUUUUUUCAAUUAACAUUUUCUUUGAACACUUUUGUUUAGUAGUUAUAGAACUCUCUGAUAGGACAUUGCGAUCCCUCUUGUUGUGAACUGAGAGAAUGUUGGGCCUGUCCAAGCAGGUUACAGCUGUUGUCAUUGUCAAAACUCCACCGUGGGAAAUAAAAAAACCAAAGAACUGCAGAUGCUGGAGAUCUGAAACAAAAACAGCUCGUGAAACUCAACAGGUUGUGGGGAGACAGUAGAAUUACUGCUUUCAGAGUCCUGAAGAAGAUUUUCUGAUAAAGAGUCACCAGACUUGAAACAUGAACUCUGCUUUCUCCCGGCGCAUGCUGCCAGACCUGCUGAGUUUAUCCAGCAGUUUCUGUUGUCGUCGUCGACCGUGGCUAUUGCUGCUUCAGGGCCCAUGACUACAAAUUUUCAGCUCAUGACCCCACUUGGGGUCCUGACCCCCACUUUGGGAAGCCCCAUGAAAGGAAAUCAGAGGCUUGUUUCAGUGAUGGCCAGAAAUUAGACAAACAGGUGAUGUUCACUUCACAAGGGAACCUCCGUAAGGGUGGAAAUGUUGUGUGACCAGUGAUGGAAAAGUAAGGUGCAGGGAAAUGGACCUUUAUAGGUCAUGUAAUGAAGUGUCCACCAUUGUGCGAAUCAGGGUUGGCAACUUUGAGAAAGAGAAACACAUUGAAAGAGAACUUCCAAUUGCUGUACAUCACUAGUCAGGGACAGAGUCAACACGCUGACAUAGAAAAGGAUGACAAAAAGUGAAAAAAAAACGAUCUUUUCCAGAACACACCCACUGUCCAAUCAGCUUCCAAUUGCUUUGCAGAAUGCCUCACCACCCAAUCACCUUGCAGAACAUCACACCAAUCCAAUCGUUCCCUUCCAGAACACCUUACCUGUCCAGUUGCCUGAUUCCAGAAGACCUCAUUGACGCAAUCCCCUUCCAGAACACCACACUGGCCCAAUUAUCUUCUCGAUCCAAUCAUGCACUUAUGACAAAAACAGGAAAUAGUUAAAGCCAGAUUCUCCUGUUGUAAUCGCAGUCAUAAUUUUUUCAGACAAAAUACUUGAGCCCCCAGUGAGUGAAGGCGUAUGACAGCACUGAAACUACCAUCUAACAUAAUAAGCCUAGUGCUGAGAAGACAAAUCAGAUUGUUAUUAUGUACUUAGUACACUAGAUGUUUUUGUACAGUGGUGGGUCUGGAAUGAUUGUUUGAUUGUGAAGCUCUACAUUUUAAAAAAAAAGAAAGAGAUAUAAAUCUUUUGACACCUCA